CUUCCCCGUGUCACCGCGCGCUUCACGUUCCCUGCCCAGGCUUCGUCCACGAGCUGGCGAGAGGGCGUCUCGCAUUCCGCGUUUCCCCAGGGCUGCAGGUUGGUCGCGAGAAGCUCGAGGAGAUCCGUUCAGGAUGGACCGCGACUCCGUGCUGCACUUCGCCAACUUCAGCACGCUCUUCGCGUGCAUGGUGCUCAAGUUUCCGCAGAUACUCGUGCUGAUGCGCGCGAGGUCCACUGCGGGCGUUAGCGUGAACGGUCUCCUCUUAGAACUAGUGGGGUUCAUAGUGUUCAUCUCCUACCAGAUUUACUAUGAUUACCCUCCGCCAACAUACCUGGAGUAUCCCAUCCUCAUUGCACAAGAUGUCAUCUUGCUGCUUCUGAUUCUGCACUACAAUGGAAACAUGAAGCAGAGCAUCAUCUAUGCAGCAGUGUUCGUCGGUGGCUGGAAACUCCUCACCAUUGAAAAAUGGGUUAUUGACCUAGCCAUGAGCCUGUGCACGUUGAUCAGUGCCAGUAGUAAGCUGGCCCAGCUGCGGUGUCUGUGGGCAACUAAAGACUCCUCACGGGUCAGCACCCUCACCUGGGCCCUGGCCACUUACACAUGCCUGGCAAGGAUCUUCACCACCGUGGUGACAACCGGAGAUACGCAGGUUCUUAUCCGUUUUGUGGCCAUGACGAUUCUGAACUUGUGGGUAAUGGCCACAGUGAUGUACUACAAACCCAGUACCAAAAAAAAGGACUGAAGCGCUCUGCCUCAGAGUUGACGUCACUUCCUGCGACACGGGACCGUCUGGAUUUCUUCUGUGUUCUGACCAGAACUUUGUCCACAGGGUAGUUUUCAUGGGAACGGCAACGCUGCACAGGUUAUCCAAGAUGGGAGGAUGUGUCGAAGCAGGAUUCUCUUUAGCCCAAAGUUAGGCUUGUCUCUCUUCCUAGUGGGCAGUCUUGACUUUCGUCUUGCGUCAUCAGGCUAUGCGAGAAAUCCUGCUUUAGGAAACGGUUUUACAAAAGCACUUAACUAUGCAGUGUUUUGCGUCUCCUGUGGGGAAGCUGUGUCCAUCCGAUGUAGCUUUUUAUGUCUAUGAAGGACCAAAAAUGUAUUGGACAAACAUCUACCCAACAUUGAUUGACUUACUUAUAUAUAGAAAUUCUUACUAAGGUUCCUGCUAAGAUUUCUUAAUAUUGAAUUCGAGUUUAUAGACUCAGGGUUCAUGUUUAUUCUGUCUCAGAUUGUUUGUGUUUCUGCUCAACUUUCCCUUGUUUUGUAUAGCAGUUAUAGUAUAACUCUAUAUUGUAAUACAUAACGCUCCAUUACUUCUGUCACUGGAUGUUAAGUUUUUUGUUCUAAAUUCCAAGUCUAACCGUAAAUAUAUUGAAAUCGUGACAAUUACCAUAAACGUUACCACAGCAAUAGUUGUAAUAAGGAAUCUGUUUUGUAUGGGGUAUAUAUAUGAAUUUUACUGAUUUUAUUAGAAGUGGUCACACAUUUUCUAAAAAUUGUUACAUCGUAAAGUAAACUUAAAAGUCCCUUAAGUAGAUCAUUCCUGAUGGCAGCUGUUGGGUUAAAAGUCAGUGGGAGACUGAUGAGUAUUCUGUAGUCAACAGAAGAAUUUUCACUUAAAUGUUCCCAAAUAAUUUACUUUGUAGAUGAGCCAGCAAUAUUCACUGUAAAGUUUUGUCUUCAAAUGCUAUAUUGUAGACAAAUGUGAUGGUUUACCUUACUUUUGUGUUGCACAUAGGACAAUACAACACUUCAAAAGGUAUUUGUACAGAGACUGUUUACAUUUGCAAAGAUUUGCAGAAUAAAUGUUUCCUUCUUGCUG